CUACUGCAUGCCCUAGUAGGCCCCUGUACCGCCGCCGCCACAGUUCAGUCAUAAUAAAGGCGGACGCCGCGGAGCUGAGCCAUUCACAGUUCACAUCACACACGUAUAUCGUUCGCCACGCAAAACCACCGCCGCCCCCCUGCUUCCUCCGAUCUACUCCCGGCGAGACUCAGGCGCCCCGGCGCCCCCCAGGGAAUGCGGAGCGAUGAGGCGGCGCUCAGGCACUGACGUCGCCGGCCAGCGCGAGCUGCGCGGCGACCGAACCUGCCACCGCAAGCACGUUGAGGACGGGUAGAUCAUAUCCAUCCUUCCUUCCUUCUGCUAGUCGUCGUCUUCGUCGUAGGGUGUAGUAGUUUGCAGAUAGUUCUGUCGUUUCUAGUAGCGAAUCGAUCCAGCGAUCAGACAUGGUUGAGGGGGAGGCGGAGGCGGAGGCGGAGGUGAAGAAGGGCGGGGUGCUGCAGGGCCGAUACGAGCUGGGCCACGUGCUGGGGCACGGCAACUUCGGGCGCGUCCACGAGGCGCGGGACCUGCGCACCGGGCGUGGCGUGGCGGUGAAGGUGCUCGCCAAGGACAAGUUGCUGCGCACGGGCAUGAUGGAGCAGAUCAAGCGCGAGAUCGCCGUCAUGAAGCGCGUGUCGCACCCCAACAUCGUGGAGCUGCACGAGGUGAUGGCCACGCGCACCAAGAUCUACCUCGCGCUGGAGCUCGUCCGCGGCGGGGACCUCUUGGCUCGCAUCGCGCGCUCCGGCCGCGUCAGGGAGGACGUGGCACGCCGCUACUUCCGGCAGCUCGUCUCCGCCGUCGACUUCUGCCACGCGCGGGGCGUGUUCCACCGCGACCUCAAGCCCGAGAACCUCCUCGUCGACGAAGCGGGCAACCUCAAGGUCGUGGAUUUCGGCCUCAGCGCGCUCGCCGACCACGCGCGCGCCGACGGGCUGCUGCACACGAUCUGCGGGACGCCCGGGUACGUCGCGCCCGAGGUGUUCCGGAACAGGGGCUACGACGGCGCCAAGGCCGACGUCUGGUCGUGCGGCGUCGUCCUCUACGUGCUCCUCGCCGGCUCGCUGCCGUUCCCAAAGGACAGCAUCGCCGCCAUGUUCAUCAAGAUGAGCCGCAGGGACUACCGCUGCCCGCCGUGGCUGUCCACGGAGGCGCGCAGGCUCAUCCCCAAGCUGCUCGACCCCGACCCGGACACCCGCAUCACCGUCGCCCAGAUCGUCGAGACGCCGUGGUUUAACAAGCCGUCCGUCUCCAGGGCCGUUACAGCCGCCGCCGCCGAGCCACCGGCCGAGGCUGCCUGCUCCGCAAAGGACAGCGGCGGCGGCGACAAGGACGAGCUGCCGGAGACGCUAAACGCGUUCCACCUGAUCUCCCUCUCCGCAGGGUUAGACCUCUCGCCGCUGUUCGACGUGGAAGGCGGUCCGGCGAGGGGGCACCGGGAGGACGGCAUGCGGUUCGCGACGCGGGAGCCCGCGAGCGGCGUCGUCUCCCGUCUCGAGGAGGUGGCCGCCCGCAGCGGCGGGCGGAUGCGGGUGACCAAGAGCGGUGCCCGCGGCGUUCGGCUCGAGGGCGCCGGGCGCGGGGGCCGCAAGGGCCGCCUAGCCGUCGCGGCCGACAUAUUCUGCUUGGCGCCGUCCGUGCUCGUAGUCGACAUCAAGAAGGACGGCGGCGACACACUCGAGUACCGCUCCUUCUGCAGCGAGGUGCUCCGGCCGGCGCUCAAGGACAUCGUCUGGGCGGCCGACCCCCACCCCGCCGCCGCCGCCGUUGACGCCGUGCGGCCGCCUUCUGAUCAUUGUUCUGGAUCAUAGUGCCAUUUGUUUAGUCAGUAUCAAUUCCAUUCCCAAGUGAUAUGCGUCACUGUUCUCGAUUCGAUAAUGACGUGAGAUGUACUGCUUAUGGGGGCGACAUGAAUCUGUAUCUCCAUGGCAGCCGGCUCCCUCGGCACAAUUGACUUGUUUAUGUGAUGGUCUAAGGUCUUCCA